AUGGCGUUUUUGAUUAAAUGCGCAACUAUCCUCCUAGUGGUGUCGUCAGCUCUCGCCGGUUAUGAAAGCUACGGCGGUUUUGAAGGUCACAACAUCGAGGGCUACAGUAUUCAGCAACCAAUCGAGCAACAUCAGACCUUAGAUGAGAACCAUGGAGAAGAUUACGAAAUUGAUUAUCAUUCGCAUCCCAAAUACUCUUUCGACUAUUCAGUGAAGGACCCGCACACUGGUGACGACAAGGAGCACUGGGAGACAAGAGAUGGAGACAAAGUCAAGGGUACCUAUACUCUUGUCGAAACUGACGGCACAAAACGCGUAGUGGAGUACGAAGCGGACGAUAAGAACGGAUUUAAUGCAGUUGUCCACAAAAUUGGAACCCCGAAACAUCAAGAAGAAUACAAAAUCAGCAACCCGUCCUACGAGUCGGUUCACUAUCAGCAAGACUUCCAGAACAGCGAGGAAGGUUUCAUGCCUUCGUUAGGCAGUUACGAGCAUUGA